CCCGAGAUGACGUUGGCGGGAUUUCCGAUUGGAGCGAAAAACAACAACAUCUCCAUACAGGCGAUAUUUAGAGAAAAAUUGAGUUUUUGAAAAGAAAACAAAGACUUUCAUUCAAUAAGAAUGAUUGCUUAAUUAUCUUUAUGCUGUAUAACUAAAAUGUAACUUGACAUUAACGUUACACGCAGUUUUCCACAAAAGAGAAGGGUGGAACUACUACAGUAGGCCCUGGCAUCGGAGAUUGCGAAAGAGGGAAAAACCCUUAGGAGUUGCACAAUAGGAAAAUUGUCAAGAUGGCAAUGCAAGAACGGAGACAAGUAGAACAGGUUGUGGAAGAGGACGAGACAUUUGGACCACUUCCCCUCAGCCGGCUCGAGGCAAAUGGUAUCAGUGCAACAGAUGUAAAGAAAAUGGAAGAUGCAGGUUAUUUCACAGUGGAGUCUGUGGCAUAUACCCCCAAGAAAAACAUUCUGACCAUCAAAGGAAUCAGUGAAGCUAAGGCUGACAAAAUCUUGGCCGAAGCUGCUAAACUAGUUCCUAUGGGGUUUACUACAGCAACAGAAUUCCACCAGAAGAGAUCAGAAAUAAUCCAAGUUUCCACUGGGUCAAAGGAGCUUGACAAACUCUUACAAGGUGGGAUAGAGACUGGCUCUAUUACAGAAAUAUUUGGAGAGUUCAGGACAGGGAAAACACAGAUCUGUCAUACCUUAGCUGUCACUUGUCAGUUACCCAUUGAUAUGGGAGGAGGGGAAGGAAAGGCACUGUAUGUAGACACAGAAGGAACAUUUAGACCAGAACGUUUACUGGCUGUGGCAGAAAGGUAUGUAAACACUGCUAACACUAUAAGCAUUGGACUUAAGGAUCAGUGGGUUAUUUUUUCUUGAUUCCUGCAUUAACAG